AUGGCCGACAAGCUAGCCAAGGAAUUCGCUGGAUCGUGGAACUUCGUCAGCGGCGAGAACUUUGAGGAGUACAUGAAGGAAUGUGGUGUCGGGCUCAUAACGCGAAAGCUUGCAGCAAAUCUCAAGCCGGUCCUCGAGUUCGUCAUUGAAGAUGGUAAAUGGACAAUGACAUCAACCUCUACUUUCAAGACGCAUGUGGUCAAGUUCGAAAUCGGCGCUGAAUUCAACGACAAGACCGCUGAUGGACGUGAUGUGAAGAGCACUUUCUUCGUCGAGGGAGAUAAACUCAUCCAACAAGAAAUCGGCCUCAAGGGCGGAAAGGACUCGCGUUUUGAGCGUUACAUCGAGGACGGAAAGCUGAAGAUUGUCUGCGAGUGUAAUGGUGUCAAAUCAACUCGCAUCUACGAGCGGGCU